GCGGAUAGACUACAAAGAAUUUAAAGAAUUUUAUGUACAUAUUUGAAUUUUUGUGAAAAUCAUAAAUAUUGAAAACGAAAAUUAUUUAGAAAAUGCAAAAUUUCAGUGAAAAUGUGAAAUUUGCAUUUAAUGACAAAUUGGGCAGACAUUUAAUAGCGGCUAUUGAUAUAGAACCCGGCGAUAUAUUAAUCGAAGAACAGCCCUUAUUGAUUACCACACACUGGGAGUGUGAACAAAUGAAAUGUGCCAAAUGCUGUGAGGAUUCUUUUGUUAUGUGCAAGCAAUGUCAAUUCUUUCCUUUGUGCAUGGAUUGCCGUGAUCACGAUCGUUUUGAGUGUGAAUUUUUUCAAACACAAGCCAAACAUAUUUCCAAAAAUCUGCUUAUAAACAAUUUUUCUUUAAAUGCUGUGCUUAAACUGCUACUACUGCGGGAGAAUCCACAUACAAACGAGAAAUGUAAAGAUUUAUUGCCACAUAAUUUCAAAUUGAAUGAGUAUCGUGAAACUGAUAUGUGGCAAGAUCAUGAAGAGAAUAUUGUACAGCCUUUAAUACAAUCGGGUUUUAUGGAUACUUUGUGUAGCGCCAAGGAGGAGAAUUGUUUAGAUGGAGAUUUGUUGCAUAAAUUGUGCAUUUUAAUAGAUGCGAAUGCGUUUGAGGUGUCGAGCAAAGUUAUGGGUGAUUCGCUAAAGGGAAUUUAUGUGCACGCAGCAAAAAUGCCCCAUCAUUGUGUACCGAAUGCGGCCACCUCUAUAGACGAUGAAUAUAAUAUGAGAAUAUAUGCUGGAGUGCCCAUAAAAGCGGGAGAGAUUAUUUACAAUUCAUUUACGAAUCCACUGAUGGGCACAAUACAACGUCAACAUCACCUUCGCAUGACCCGACAUUUUGAAUGCGGUUGCAGUCGCUGUCUCGAUCCCACCGAAAUGGGUACCCACAUGAGUUCACUUAAAUGUAAACAGUGUAACGAAGGCUAUGCUAUCUGCCAUCGCGGCAAAUGGCUGUGUGAACAAUGCAAUAACACAAUCGAUCCCAUACAAGUACAGAAACUUCUCACUGAGGUCUCCGAGGAAAUGGCCAAAGCCAAUGGUGAUAUAAUGGGUUACGAAGAGCUGUUGCAUAAAUAUGCUGGAGAUUUUCAUCCAAAUCAUUUUCUUAUGAUUGAUUUGAAACAAAAUAUUGCCACCAUUUUAAGGGGUAUACUAAUGAAUCCCAUGUGUAAGCCGGGCAAAGAGGUUUUAGAACGGCGCUUAGAUUUGUGUGAGGAAAUAUUGCCGGUGGUGAAGAGAGUUAUACCGGGCUAUUCGAAAUUGUAUGCAAUUGCAUUGUACGAGUAUUUGUUGUCGUUUUUGGAGUUGUCAGAGUUGGAGUUUCGUUGCAAGGAAUUGGCCAAAGAUGUGUAUUAUCAAAAAUUACAAUUUGCCAAAGAAGUUGCUGCCGAGGCUAAAGAAUUAUUAUCAUUCGAACCGGUUAAUUCGCCCGAAGGUCAUUUGGUGCGUCGCAUCUCUAUACAACAGGAACAAAUUGAAGAAAAUUUACAGAAACUUGCCUCCAAAUAAAUAUGUUUAAUUAUUGUAUUAUUUUAGUAUAGAGUAAAAUAAAUAUUUACAACUUUUUUUUGUAUAUAGGUACUA